GGCAGUGACCAGGCUGGUUCAGUUAUACAAUGCACAGCCCUAUUGUGAUAAGAGGCAGGAUUGAGACCAGAGGGAGAUCAUCAAUGUUGCUAAAAAAAAUCAGAGAUGCCCAUCAGCCUUGGUUCAUGUCUUAGAAGAGGAACCAUGACUGGUUGGGUGCAGAGCUUUUUCCUAUUGGUGGCCGCCAUCCUUUCCUAUGCAGAGGAUACCUGCCCAGAGGUGAAAGUUAUUGGACUGGGAGCUUCGGACAAACUGAGCAUUCUGCAAGGAUGUCCAGGAGUACCGGGCACACAAGGACCCACUGGUCCCACAGGAACUAAAGGUGACAAAUGUGACCCAGGUGUUCCCAUCCCUGGAACUGCAAAGAACUGUAAGGAUUGGUUGGAUCAAGGAGCAUCCAUCACUGGUUGGUACACUAUAUACACCUCCACUGGGCGGCGCCUCCGUGUGCUCUGUGACAUGGAAACUGAUGGAGGGGGAUGGACAGUUUUUCAGAGACGCUCAGAUGGUUCUGUGGAUUUUUUCCGUGAUUGGGAUUCUUACAAGAGAGGAUUUGGCCUCCAACAGAGUGAAUUUUGGUUGGGGAAUGAGAAUAUCCAUCUGCUUACGUCCACAGGAUAUUUCCAGCUGCGCAUAGAUCUGACCGACUUUGAGAAGAAACACACUUAUGCUGCAUACAGUGGCUUCAGCAUUACUGGGGACUCUAAUAACUACGCCCUAAGACUGGGGACUUUCAUUGGAGGAGACGCAGGUGACUCUUUAUCGAUCCACAACAACAUGGCAUUCAGCACUAAAGACAGAGACAAUGAUGCCCACAUGGCCGGGAACUGUGCACAGAAUUACAAGGGGGCCUGGUGGUAUGAAAGCUGCCACUCAUCCAACCUCAACGGACUCUACCAGCAGGGAGAACACAGCAGUUCCAUAAAUGGCAUUAACUGGAGAACAGGCAGGGGGUACAGUACUCUUACAAGGUGUCAGAAAUGAAGUUUCGUCCCCUGGCAGGGUAGGAAACAGGAACCCUGAUAAAUGUGGAGGCCCCCAAUCACUGCUCAGUAACCAUACUAAAGAUGUUGGAAAGCUGGCUGCAAAAUUGUACCCGUGGAAAAAUAAAUUGACCUUCAGUCAGUGCAUUACUGCUCCCUGUUCAAUAAAUAGGGUUGUAUCAA